CCACUCAUGUCUCUCACAAGAGAUCUCAAUGAUACAUACCAAGCCUGUAACAAUGGCUUUCAAUACAGCGCAUCACACAACCCACGUCGAGUAUUAACCAAACCAAGCAAACCUUUUGGUAACGAAGGAUUUGAUAACAAGGAUUUCGAUUAUAUUCUCUAUGUCAAUGAUAUUCUUGGAGCAACAGAAGGUCACAAAUAUAUCAUAUUGGAUGUACUUGGAGCAGGUACCUUUGGACAGGUAGUCAAAUGUAAGAAUACAAAGACACAAGAAAUAUUUGCCGUCAAGGUUGUGAAGAACAAGCCUGCUUAUUUCCGACAAAGUAUGAUGGAAGUUGCUAUUCUUGAGGCGCUCAACAAAAAACAUGAUCCAGAUGACAAGCAUCAUAUAUUGCGACUCAAAGACACAUUUAUCCAUCGAAAGCAUCUUUGUCUUGUAUUCGAACUUUUGUCUGUCAAUCUCUACGAGCUCAUCAAACAGAACCAAUUUCGUGGCCUGUCUACAAAUCUCGUCAGAGUAUUUACUGCCCAAAUCUUAGACACCUUGACUGUACUUAAUGAAGCCAGGAUUAUCCACUGCGAUCUAAAACCAGAAAACAUUCUGCUCAAAAACCUCGAGUCGCCUGCUCUAAAGGUCAUUGACUUUGGCUCAGCAUGUAAUGAGAUGCAGACCAUGUAUACAUACAUUCAAUCCCGCUUCUACCGCUCACCCGAAGUACUCGUUGGCUUGCCAUACACCGGUGCUAUCGAUAUGUGGUCCUUGGGAUGUAUUGCCGCAGAACUCUUUCUAGGUCUUCCACUUUUUCCCGGUAGCUCAGAAUACAAUCAGUUAUCACGCAUUGUAGAAACACUCGGAAUGCCUCCGACAUACAUGAUAGAAAUGAGCAAAAAUGCACAUCGUUACUUUGAACGCUACACUGACGAUAAUGGAGAAAAGUGUUAUCGACUUCGGUCUCUUGAACAGUAUUCAAGAGAACAAGGAAAAGAAGAACAGCCGUCAAAGCGGUACUUUGCGGCAAAGACACUUCCUGAUCUCAUUAAUGGUUAUCCAAUUAUGCGUAAAGGUUCCAUGACUCAAAAAGAGAUUGACAAGGAGAAACAAAAUCGACUUGCGUUUAUAGACUUUCUACAGGGAUUACUUAACCAAAACCAUUUCGAACGUUGGACACCACAACAAGCGAGACAGCACCCGUUUAUCACCGGUGAACUUUUCACAGGACCAUUUAAGCCGCCUUAC